AUGCUUACCCAAAGCCUAGGGAAUAUUGCAUCAAAACCGUCCGAAGAGUCUCAACUCGGGUAUCCUCUGGACGAUUAUCCCGAUGGCGGCUUGCGAGCCUGGCUGAUUGUUGCUGGAUCGAUGUGUAAUAACUUUACGACGUUUGGAUACGUCAAUUCAUGGGGUGUGUUUCAAUCGUACUACCAAACCAAUGUGUUGAGGGACACUCCACCGUCCGACAUAGCUUGGAUCGGUUCCAUUCAGUACUCGCUGGUAUUCUUACCUGGCGUCCUUGCAGGCCGACUCUUUGACUUGGGAUAUUUUCGCCCUCUCUUCGCCGCAUCCAGCCUUCUACUGGUGGCCGCAACGUUAUUAGUCGCCGAGUGUCAUGAGUAUUGGCAGCUCCUACUGUGCCAGGGGUUCGCCGUUGGGCUGGCGUGCGGCGGAAUAAUGAACCCCACAACCGUCGUGCUUUCUCAUUGGUUCAAAAAACGGCUAAAGCUCGCCCUCGGGUUGAUGGCAGUAGGCUCGUCCCUUGGUGGGACCGUCAUACCCAUUGCAACCAGGAAUCUAUUACCUGUCGUAGGCUUCAAAUGGACCAUGAGAAUCUUAGCGCUCAUUCUUCUCCUGGGCCUCGGCUUGGGCAAUUUGUUGCUGAAACGCCGUUUCCCGCUUACAGACGUACACGGAAGGCUCUUCAGCUUCCAGGAAUUCAAGUCCGCCCCUUUCUCACUCUACUGCGCCUCGACACUGACAUCUUUCCUCGGAAUUUACACCGUUUUGACUUACAUCGAUGUCAGCGCGACCAAAGUCGGUGUACCGGAGGAUUUCUCUUUCUAUCUAGUCUCGAUAGCCAACUGCGCUUCUGGCUUUGGGCGUUAUUUUGCUGGACUACUCGGAGACAGGAUUGGCGCCAUGAACGUAAUGAUCCCAUUUACUAUGGCGUCCGCCAUUGUAACCUAUUCAUGGCCAUUCGCGAAAAAUCAAGACUCGCUGAUUGCCAUCGCUAUCAUCUACGGGUUUGUUUCAGGGUCCUUUGUCUCCCUCUUGUGUACUCCCAUAAUUGAAUUCGGAGUCACCGCGGAUGUGGGCCGGCGAGUGGGCAUGAUGAUGAGCAUCCUCGCUCUGGGUGCCCUGGCUGGCCCGCCGAUCUCUGGUUCUAUCAUUACCGCUACUGGAGGAUUCGAGGCGGCCGGGUAUUAUGCAGGUCGCGCGCUUAUUAUUGGUGUGGGCUUGAUGUCGGCGAGUCGACAUUUUUUGUCUUGA